CUUGCCUUCCCUGAAAAGGGAGAACUUAACAAAAAAAAAAGUCAUUUUGCCACAAAAAAAAUGGGAUGUGUUUACUGUGUUUAGAUAAGUUUCUAUCAAAAUAGUGCAUCUAAGUUGAUGAUUUAUUCCUGGAAAAUUGUUUUUAAUUGUAAAAUUUGUAUCUUCAUCGAUAAUAUAUUGAUAUAAAAUGGUAUUUUUUGGAAGUUCUUCUCCCUUCGACCAAGAUGUCGAGCGUGCUACAAGUGAGAACAACACAAGCGAAGAAUGGGGUCUGAUAAUGGAGAUAUGCGAUCGCGCCGGUGCCUCUGCUCAGAAUGCGAAAGAUUGCCUCCGCGCCGUCAUGCGCCGCCUCGGGCACCCAGACCCACACGUCCAAGUUCACGCUGCGACCCUGCUCGACGCCUGCGUCGCCAACUGCGGCCGAGCCUUCCACUUGGAGGUGGCUUCGCGCGACUUCGAAACAGAAUUUCGCAGGCUUCUGUCGCGUGCGCAACCACCAGUCGCUCAGCGCUUGAGAGCUUUGCUGCGGAAGUGGGCCGAGGGGGAGUUCAAAAGCGAUCCGCAGUUGGACUUGAUUCCUUCGUUGCAUGCUAAGUUGCGUGCGGAGAGCGGUGAGGCGGGCGCGGCGCCCUCGACUACAGCCGCGGGCGCUAGUACGAGCACUUCGACCUCUGCGGCAGCGGCGGCGCAGCGGGAACAGGAAGAACUAGCUCGCGCUAUAGCUCUCUCGCUUCGGGAGUCUACGCCGCAAACGACGACCAGCGAAGCUACCACGCUCUACCCGCGCGUCGACAUACCGGACGCAGCGCCUCCGCGCAAAGUGCGUGCUUUGUACGAUUUCGAAGCAGCUGAAGACAAUGAACUCACUUUCAUGGCGGGCGAAAUUGUUCAUGUGACGGAUUCCUCGGAUCCCAACUGGUGGAAAGGCUACAACGAUCGCGGCGAAGGGUUGUUUCCGGCCAACUUCGUUACAUCUGAUCUCAGUGAACCACGUAUUGAGGCCGAAACCGGUACUCGCAGCGUGAAGUUCGCGGACGCCGGACCCCCCGCCGCUCCUGAACCCGAGGAAGUGGUCACCAUAGACGAAGCGACUAUGGACGCGGCACUGGCUUUACUCCACGAAGCUGAUCCAGAAGCCAAUGGGGAAGCAGCGCGGGAAACGGACGCUGCAUUGGCAAGGCUAGAAAGCCGCGUGCAUUCCAUGGGUCCAUUGGUAGACGCGGCGUUGGAGCGAGCUGAUCGUCGCCACGCGCGGCUCACGCAACUGAGCGCGGAUCUGGUGGAUGCGCUCAAUUUAUACCACUCGCUAAUGCGUGAAGCCUUGAAGCCGCCGCCGCAGCAGCCGUACCCAGUGGCCGGGUUCCCCCACCCGUCCAUGGGGCCUCCAGGACCGGGCCCGAUGCCAGGACCUCACGCCCCACAUCCCCAACACCCGUACCCCCCGCCCCGUUGCUGACCGCCCCGCCAUUCCACUACCACGCCGUAGAGAUAUUUAAUUGAACAUACCUAUUGUUAUUAUUAUAUUAUUAUUGUACAUAUGCUUGAAUACACUAUUAUUUAAAAAGAA